UUCAGCAGGAGCUCCACUAUCAAUUCCUCAGCAACCGUAUCUGACCGGGUCUCAGAUAAGCUAAAUCAAUACAUAACCAAAGGGUCAAUGUCUGAAGACGGUCAGAACCUUCCAAACCAUCAGCGUUUCCCAUCUGCCACUCCUUUGGUCAAAGAGCUGGAGCAUGUUUUGGACAGCUGCAGGAUGGAAUUAAAUCAUGUGGAUGAAGUGUGGCCUAACCUGUAUUUAGGUGAUAUCUUGAUUGCACAUGACAAAGAAGAACUGAGAAAACUUGGCAUCACCCAUGUACUGAAUGCGGCACAUUCCACAUGGGAAAGUAAAGGAGAUCAAGCCUUCUAUGGCCAGGAAAUCCAUUAUUGUGGAAUAGCUGCAGAAGAUUCAACUGAUUUUAACCUGCGUGAGCAUUUCUACCCUGCCUCAGAGUACAUUAAUAAAGCACUGAGUGCUCUGAACGGAAAGAUCUUAGUUCACUGUGUUGUUGGUAAAAGCAGAUCCGCCACUUUGGUGCUGGCUUACCUUAUGAUCUACCAUCACUUCUCACUGACCGAUGCUGUCCAACGUGUCAUCCAGCACCGAGCCAUUUCACCAAACCGAGGGUUCCUGAAACAGCUACACGACCUAGAUGUUGAAUUGCGAGACAGGACAAACCUGUGUGAGCUCUUAUAAUUUGGGGGGGAAGAAAAAAGAUCAAUAGUGACUACAAAAUAUGAAGUGCCCCACAGUAUUAAAGGAAGUAAAAAGAUUAAAUGAAUCUGAACCAAAAUUCUAGUACCAAGCCUACCUGUCUCCAAAAUUUUAUGAUGGGGAUCUCAUAAUCUGAACUUGGAUCUGGCUCUGAAUUUCACAUCUUAUUUCCUCUCUCCCUCAAACUGGCUUAACUCUAACCUUGAUCUGAAUAAUCCUGAUCUUUGGGAUAAUUGUCACCUAUUGAGUCUCCAUUUGUAUCUGCUGCCCUUCUGGGAUUGAUCCCAUAUUUCGCAGUAAUCCUGGGUGAAGAGAACCUGCAACAACCCUAAUUCUUGGUCAGGUGCAGUUUGCUUUAGCUGAUAUUAGAGAUGGGUGGCUCUCCUCUCAUGGAGUUUGAGGAUGUGCCGUGUGUGUGUGUGUAUAUAUAUAUGUUUGGUUUUUCUACAAUUUAAACCCAUGGCUUCCCCAUUUCCCUCCCCCCCCCAUUUCCCACCCCUGCUCCCCCAAAGGAACAGUCAAUUCAAAAAGGUGGGGGGGAAUGAAUUUCUCUGUAAAUGACAGCAUUUAUGCUCUAUAUUAAGGAGAGAAAAAUCUAUCAAAUGCUAGGCUGGCCUGAGUGGACGCCUUGCAAGCUACAAGUGCACUGUACUUACAUCUUUUACAAAUCAGAGACUCUCUCCUCCCCCUUUUUUUUUUACCCUUGUGUUGUAUUUUCUUGGUACUCUGUCCAUUGUCUGUUCCAUUUUCCCCUAGGGAUAUUUUUCCUCGCUCCCAUUUUCCACUCCUUUUCCAGCCUCUCCUUCACAUUUGAACCAAAACUUGCAAACUCACAGGGUUCUCAUGGAUUUGAAAUGUCAAACAACUUGACUCAUCCCUGGUUAAUGUGGGCCUGGAACAACCCUCCAUGAACUCACCUGGGGGUAUUUCCAUGGGUAGUUCUUUUGCUGGCAGUGUUUCUGCUUUGGCACUGCCCCAACACCUUAUAGAAGCCCCUUCAUUGUGACUUCAUGGAGUGUUAGGGGUGGAGCUGGGGAGUGGCCACAUGCUCCUUGGCACCAUCCACAGCAGCCUGCCCAGAUUUCUGCAUUAAAUUGUAUUCAAACUUUCUCUGUCUCCUUUCUGUGCCUGCUGCUCAGCAGCUGCAGGGAGACUCUGCCAGUACCAGUGCUGUGAUGUCACAGAAAACCACACAAGGAUUCAGAGGUGGAAGGGAGUCUCUUUCCCAUGAAUCACUAGGAUCUAUGAGGUUGGGAUGACUCCCCCACACCCUAUUAGGCACAACUGACAGGAAACUCUGCAAGUGGAACCUUAGGGAAUUUACUCUCUUCUCUUGUGGACUUCUCCCUGGAAGAGGCUGGUUGGCCCACAUAUAGCCUGGAGCUCACACCUUCUGAUUGUCCAUCAAAUCCUGAGAUUGCUGCAGUCUGCAUUGUGCAACUACUCUAGCCCUGUGUCUGGUUCUUGGUUUGUUGGAUAUAUUUGGUUACGAAGGGUGUUCUUGUUUUUCAAAGAACCUGACAUUCUUGUGUAAUUCUGCACUGUGUGUGUUUUAAUACCCUCAUAGAGCAACUAAGUACAGUUGUUAGGCGUGCUAUGGAAAAUAUAUACAGUGUCACUUUAAUGCGGAAAUUUCAUUUAUUUGGAACGUGUAUACAGUUACACUGUGCUUUGGAAAGCUUUGCUUUUGACCGUUUUAUCUGAGUGACUCACUUUUUCUUUUUUUUCCAUUCAGCAAAUAUCAAGUUUCUUAAAAAAAAAACCCAGGUGAAAGGGCCUCUAUUCUCAUUUGAUGAGGAUCAGGGCAGUGUCAGCCUUGCUGCAAAUACAUCUGGUUAUUGCAGGAGAAUUUCUCAGAUGCAGAAAACAAUGUUUAAAACAGAGAUCUGGGGGUUACUGGUUCCUGACAUUUAUCAAUGCUUCUUUGAAGAAUGACCUGACAGCUGCGUACAGCAUAACCUGCUUUCCUCUCUGCCCCGUAAUCAGUUUUCAAUCUCCUGCUUUAAUUCACAUAAAACUGAAGUGAAUUGAUGAGUCAGUUACACAUCUAGGCUUUCAGAUGGGUUAUAUUUCCCAUCCACUGCAAGCCGUGACAGCCAUGCAAACCAACUACAGAUUCACCAGCAAUGAUGACACUACUGCCCAGAUGCCAAUUGCUCCCCAGCCAAUCCCACUCCAUGCAGCUGUCCUUCCCAGUCGGUAGCCUCCCCUCUAUAAUAAAAAUAGCUAUUCAUGUCAUUAUGUUAAAAAACAAACACCAAAAAAGCAAGCAUUGGUUGCUGCCUGUGGGAGUCUAUAUCUUCCAAGGAGUGUUCUCCCUGGCCCCAACCCUUUUGCUCCCCAAACCCUCCUUGUCACUGUCAGCCAGGGCUGGCUCCAGGCACCAGCUGAGCAAGCUGGUGCUUGGGGCGGCAGACUGUUCGAGGUGGCAUUCUGCCCAAUCCUAGGGCAGC